AUGGAUCUGAUACUGAUUGUUAUGAACUUACAGAUGACAACUAUUAAAAGGGCACUUCAGGAUGACAAUGAACCAAAUUCUGUUCAAAUUAUUUAUAAGUUAUUAUCAAGGAAGAGCAAAAAGAAGCUUGAAGAACUGUUACAUCAAUGGUCAGAAUGGCAUACUCUAGAAUGCUCUUUAUCUGAGUUAACAAAUUUUGGGCUGUCAAAGGUUGGCCUAAUUAACAGUAAAAAUGAUGUAUCUGGUCCAGCAGUGAGUGGCACAUCACUAUUGGACUAUUUGGCACCCAAGAUUCUUCUGGGAAAUGGACAUGGUAUAUUAGCGGAUUGGUGGUCUGUUGGUGUAAUACUAUUUGAGCUAAUUGUUGGCAUUCCUCCUUUCAAUGCAGAGCACCCUCAAAUGAUAUUUGACAACAUUCUCAACCUUCAAUCAUUGUGCAGAUUACUGAAAGAAGAUCCUAACCAGAGACUUGGAGCUAGGGGAGCAACCGAGGUGAAACAACAUCCAUAUUUUAGGGAUAUUAACUGGGAUACCCUUUCCAGGAAAAAGGCUGCAUUUGUGCCUUCAUCAGAGAGUGCACUGGACACAAGUUAUUUCACAAGUAGGUACACAUGGAAUAACUCAGAGCAGGUUAGGGCUUCCAGUUUAGUUCUGGGCUUUGUUUGCACAUUUCUAUUUAACAGUUCCAAGCAAACGCACAAGAAACAUAGCAUCUUUCCUAUCACUUUUAAGGUGUACAAUGUUGGAAUGGAGGCAACAGUUGUAUUGCAGCUUAAAGAAGAUGUGCUAGAAUAUUUUAGGCAACAAAGAUAG